AUGACCGAAGAAAAGGUAGCACCGGCCUCGGCCGUGGCCCCGGCUACCCGCGUCGACAGCGCCGAGCCCCGCCCCUCCUACACCGGCAGCGUCACCGUCCACCCCGAUGAGAAGGGCGCAAUGGGCGGCGAAUGGACGGAACCCAUCGUCGAUACGAAGGUACCGGAGACUGAGGAGCACAAGGAGGAGGAUCUCUACCGCCCGCUGAAGAUGGAUGCGAAUAUUCCUCAUGAGGAGAACAUCCUGACCGUUCGAGCUAUUGUUGUUGGCUGUAUUUUGGGAUCCUUGGUGAAUGCAUCCAACUUGUAUCUUGGCUUGAAAACCGGCUUCACGUUUGUGGCCUCGAUGUUUGGUGCCAUUUUUGGAUACGGAAUCUUGAAGAUGCUUUCGACAACGAACAUUCCAAUCCUCGGUGGAACCUUUGGCCCUCAAGAGAACUCCAUCGUUCAAGCUGCUGCCACCGGUGCCGGAGGUAUCGCAGGUAUCUUCGUUGCAGGUAUCCCUGCCAUGUACAGACUCGAUCUCAUGCCUAGCACGCCGGCUGGUGAUAUUGGCAAGAUCUUCACCUUGACUCUCUGCUGCUCCUUCUUCGGCCUGUUCUUCGUUACGCCGCUGCGCAAGUUUUUCAUCAUUCGCACUGCCCGCGAGCUCAAGCUUAUGUUCCCGACCUCGACCGCCACGGCCCUGACUAUUCGAUCCAUGCACGCUGGUGUCAAUGGCGCCCGUGAGGCCGCUAUUAAGCUCAAGGCCUUGGGAAUUGCCUUUGGAGUCUGUAUCGCGCACCGCGUGGCAUCGUACUACGCCAUCGGAAUUCUCUACGACUGGCACAUCAUGUCAUGGAUCCACAUCUGGUCUGGCUACACGAGCUCUGCUAUGAACAUCGAAUCAUGGGGAUGGUACUUUGAGUGGACGACCGCUUUCAUUGGCUCCGGCAUGCUUAUUGGCAUGAACUCUGCCUGCUCCAUGAUGGGAGGAGCCGUUCUUGCCUGGGGAGUCAUCGGACCCGUCCUGGUUCAUUACGGCGAAUGCAUCGGCGUCCAGGCCUCCGAAGACCCCAACUGGUCCGGUCUCUACUCCUUCACCUCCCUGAAGCACAUCGGUCAAGGCCCGCCAUCCCCCCGAUACUGGCUGCUGUGGCCCGGUGUCAUGAUCAUGGUCUGCUCUUCCAUGGGUGAGCUUAUCGUCCACUGGAAGAUCAUCUACUUCGGCUUCGCCGCCGGCUGGAGGUCAAUUUGCCUCUCCAUCCACGAGACCGCGAUGAAGAAAGGCAAGCGCAUCGAAUUCUUCGCAAAGUAUGCUGAGGCGGAAGAGAAGCGCGAGGCUGAUGCUGUCGAGGACCCCGCGACUCCCGAGCAACAGGUCAAGACCUGGAUCUGGGUUGUUGGUCUCUUCGCGUCUAUCAUCCUGGCCUGCAUCGUUAUGGGUCUGCAAUGGCAGGUCAACGUUGGUGUCACCAUCCUCGCCUUGGUCCUUGCCUUCCUGUUUUCUUUCCUCGCCAUCCAGAUCGGUGGUGUCACUGAUCAGACGCCCCUUACUGCUGCUGCCAAGGCCGCUCAGCUUGUCAUCGGUGGUACCACCACCGGCGCCGGAUACACCAUCCAGCACGCCCAGAAGAUCAACCUCAUCUCCGCCGGUCUCGCCGCCGGUGCUGCUGACGUUGCUACGGCUCUGACGUCCGAUUUCCGUACCGGUUUCUUGCUCGGCACCCCUCCCAACAAGCAGUUCAUCGCCCAGGCCAUUGGAACCUUCGUCUCCGUCUGGCUCGCGCCCGGCCUGUUCGUUCUGUUCACCACUGCCUACCCUUGCAUUACGGACGCUGAGGCCGAGCACUGCCCCUUCCUGGUUCCUUCCGUCAGUGCCUGGGCUGCCGUGGCCGAGGUUGUCACCAGCCCCAACGUCCCCAUCCCUCGCUCUUCCGGCAUCUUCGCCAUUUGCCUCGGUAUCUUCUCUAUUCUCCAGGUCAUCUUCCGUCACUACUACCUGGUUGGACCCCGCGAGAAGUACCAGCAGUGGCUGCCUAACUGGGGUGCCAUUGCCCUGUCUUUUGUCAUUCCUGGUCCCGUCUUCGUCAACGCCGCCUUUGUCGGUGCCAUUAUUGCCUUCAUCUGGCGCCGCUGGAAGCCUGCUUCCUUCGAAAUUGCCUGCUAUGCGAUUGCUGCGGGUAUGAUCGCUGGAGAGGGUAUGGGUGGUGUUAUCGGCGCUGCCCUUCAACUCGGCAACGUCUCUAGUGACAGAUAUGGCACUGGAGGUCUGGCCUGCCCCGAUAAUGCUUGUUAA